UGUCUUUAACCCUCUCCCCAUCUGUUGCAAACUAAAGGCACUCUUCACCCGGGAGGAAAGGCCUCCCUAAGGAGACGCCGGUGUGGCCGCCGAGGGCUGAGGGAUGUGGACCGUACUAGUGCUACAGGCAGGCGGGCAUGACCCUGUUUGUGGGCUCCGCCACCCCCCGAGAGGGACCGGUGACCGCGGCCCCCCGGACCCGGGCUGUUGAGCUGGAAGCGCCGAGGUGCGCGGAGUGGAGCGGGAAACAAAGGAGUUGAGGAGGGAGGGGAGUGAGUUGGGCCAGGGAGAGCCCCCGGCUGGCUGCCAGAAGAUCCUGGCUGGAGGAAGCCCAAGUGUCACUUGAAUUCCAACCCUGGGAGCCAGCGCCUGGGACCCAAGCACCUUGUUUAGCAAUAGUGGCUGGAAUACUCUCCUGUAAGUUCCCCGAGCGCCUGUAAAGGAGGAUCAUCGCCCGCACCCCCCCGCCGCCACUCCGACUGCUGGCCCCUAGGAACCCCAGCUUCACCUCUCGCUGGGACGGGAGUUCCAGAAUGAAAAGCAAAAAGGGCAUUGUUGCAGCAUCCGGCAGUGAGACUGAGGAUGAGGACAGCAUGGAUAUUCCCCUGGACCUUUCCUCUUCAGCGGCCUCUGGCAAGAGAAGGAGGAGAGGCAAUCUGCCCAAGGAGUCUGUCCAGAUCCUGCGGGACUGGCUGUAUGAACACAGAUACAAUGCCUAUCCCUCCGAGCAAGAGAAAGCACUGCUCUCCCAGCAAACACACCUGUCCACACUGCAGGUCUGUAACUGGUUCAUCAACGCCCGCCGCAGGCUCCUCCCUGACAUGCUGAGAAAGGAUGGCAAAGAUCCAAAUCAGUUCACGAUUUCCCGCCGUGGGGCCAAGAUUUCAGAAGCUAGCCCUGUGGAAGCUGCGAUGGGCAUCAAAAACUUCAUGCCAACUCUAGAAGAGAGCCCGUUCCAUUCCUGCACAGCUGGACCCAACCCAACCCUAGGGAGGCCAGUGUCUCCCAAGCCUUCCUCCCCGGCAUCCAUGCUGGCUCGCCCGUCAGUGAUCUGCCAUACCACUGUGACUGCGUUGAAAGAUGGGCCCUUCUCUCUCUGCCAGCCGGUCGGUGUGGGACAGAGCACAGAUGUACAGCAAAUAACAGCCGGCAACUUUACAGACACCUCUCUCGUGUACCCAGAGGACGCUUGCAAAUCUGGACCGAGUCCAAACCCUCAGAGCGGUCUUUUCAACACUCCUCCCCCUACCCCGCCGGACCUCAACCAGGAUUUUAGCGGCUUCCAGCUUCUCGUGGAUGUUGCACUCAAACGGGCGGCCGAGAUGGAGCUCCAGGCCAAACUCACAGCUUAACCCUUUCUCAGACAAAACAGUGCUCCAAAAUAGGGUCCUGAUGGUCAGGGUGAUGGCAAGAGAUGCAUUAUUUUAUAUAUUUUUCUAUUAAUAUUUGCACAUGGGAUUGCUCAUACGAAGCUUCCUGUUACUGAGAUGUCUUCAAUGGAAUACAGUCAUUCCAAGAACUACAAACUAAAGCUACUGUAGAAACAAAGGGUUUUCUUUUUAAAAAUGUUUCUUGGUAGGUUUUUCAUAAUGUGAGAUGGUUCCCAAUAUCAUGUGAUCUUCUCCCCACUCCUUUUUUUGAUGUUUUUUUUUUUCAGACUGUGCAAUACUUAGAAGCCGUAGUGUCUUUCUAUUUCCAUGUGGAACAGGAUGCCCACAUACAGUCUAAUGAAUAAACAUUCAGUUUUUUUUUUUUUAGAUUCAAGCAAGUAUGAAUCUAGUUGUUGGAUAUCUUUUUUUCAUGAUGUAAUAAAGUAUUUUCUUUAAAAGUUA